AGCACAGCCAGUGUAGUAGACUGCUAGCAGCUCCUGCUCCUGCUCCUGCUCCUCCGCCUUGCUUCUCCUCUUUCUCUCUCUCUCUUUUAUCUUGACCAUCUGACCCCAGCCCGACGGACGGAAGCGAUGGCCUUGCCACCAGGCGGAGCCGGACGGGGGCCACCGGCGGGCCCUUUUACGCGGCUGCCCACCCCUGGCCUGGCCGGGUACAACGUCGCCUGGUCGCCCUUCUAUCCCGACAAGCUCGCCGUCGCCGGUGCGGCCAACUACGGCCUCGUGGGCAAUGGGAAACUCAACGUCAUUGGCCUCGUCCAGCAGGGAGCAGCGGGGCCGCCGGGGAUGCGCAUCGAACGCGGCUUCGACACGCAAGAUGGUCUCUACGAUCUCGCCUGGUCCGAGGCGCACGAGAACCAGGUCGCGACGGCGUCGGGCGACGGCAGCAUCAAGCUCUGGGACAUUUCCCUUGCUGAGCCGCACCCAAUCCGGCACUGGCACGAGCAUGCGCGCGAGGUCUUUAGCUUGGACUGGAACAAUGUGCGCAAGGAUGUCUUUGCCAGCUCGAGCUGGGACGCCAGUGUCCGCGUGAUGGAGAUGGAAGAAGAGAUGGAAGGAGAGACAGAGGGAGAGGCAGAGGGAGGAGGAGAGGAAGAGAAUAUCCGACACCAGUGGCACCCCGAGCGGCCAAGCUGCAUGACGGCUAUCACGUCGCACACGGCCUGCGUCUAUGGCUGCGCAUGGUCGCCCCACAGCGCCGACCUGCUCGCGACGGCGUGCGGCGACGGCCACCUGCGCCUCUUUGACCUGCGCUCAUCGACGAUGACCUCGGCCACACCCGGCGUGGGCGCGAGUCAGGCGCCCGUCGCCACCGUCCCCGUCGGCGGCGAGGUGCUCUCGCUCGACUGGAACAAGUACCGGCCCAUGACGCUCGCCACGGGCAGCACCGACCGCGCCGUCAAGGUCUGGGACCUCCGCGCCCUCGUCGCCGCCUCGGCCUCCUCCCCCGGCCAGCCGGCGGCGGGCGGCGCCAUGGGCCCCGCCAACACGGCCAUCAUGAUGGGCCACGAAUACGCGGUGCGCAAGGUGGCCUGGAGCCCGCACCGGCCAAACGUCCUCGCCUCGGCGAGCUACGACAUGUCUGCGCGCGUCUGGGACGUCGAUGCCGGCGAGAAGAUGGCUGCGGGCCCCCUCGUGGGCGCCGGCCCCAGGAGCCUCACGGCAGUCCACGAUGCACACACCGAGUUCGUCGUCGGCCUGGCUUGGAGCCUGUUUCAAGAGGGCCUCGUGGCUACAUGCGCAUGGGACUGCGAAGCGCACCUCUGGGCGGCAAGAUGACCCUUCUCAACUUCAUCAUCUUCCCUCUCUCCCCUUGUACUCUAGCAACACAUACUCGCUACCCUUUUCUUCAAUAUAGAGAGUCAAUCCCUGGCAUGGUUCAUGGCCGUGGCAUGGGUGGAAACAGAGGAUCGUUUACGAAUACAGGUCGGGAGGGGCCGAGAGAGAGAAAAAAAAACGAAGACGAGCGGGCCGGGAGGAAGAGAGGACAGCAGGCAGGCGGGCAGGGAAGAAGUUGUGGCGGCCGAAGUGGGGGCGUCUCGUCGAGUCCAUUUUUUGUUGGUGUCGUAUGUCGUCUUGGGGGCUCACUGGCUCAGGAUCUGGCGGACAAAGGACUCGUAGUUGAUGUUUCCGUCAGGUCCGACCUGGACGCCCUUGAGGAGCUCGUCGACCUCUUC